CACUUGCAAAUCUCCAACUAAAAAUCUACCCGGUUGCUUCUGCUUUUCCCCGAGUCCCCUUGUUCCAAGUAAGUCUCUUUCCUUUUCUUUGAGUCAUGUCUGACCGCGAAGACAGCCAGAACCCUUCCGCCCACUCUUACAGUUCAAGUGACCGGUCUCAGACUUCCAGUUCCUCUUCAUCAUCUUCUUCUUCGUCUGAGCGCCCGGCUACUUCCCCGUCGAAGAAUCCGGUUGACGCUUCCACUUGUGCCCCUUCUUCUUCCAUGGCACAAACGAUCUCGGUUGCCCAGCCCGGGGAUGAGGGCUUCAUUCAGCUGGACGACCGGUUGCUCCAAGAGCAACCGUCGUACAUGCAGAAGCCCCAAGUUCACGAGCUGCGCAAUCUGAUGCCCGAUGGGUAUCAAUUGACGUACCGGGCAACGUGGAAGAACAUCAUUUCUCUCCACGUCGGUACGACGAUUGAUAUUCAUUACCACUCUAUCAAGGACUUAGGCCGGGCAUUCCUCUGUGGCCUUCCUCCUUCUAACAAGAAGUGGAAGGACAAAUACAUGUCCAUUAAAUUCCCCCCGGCCGCUUUUCAUUUCGCCCAAAAUGUCUGGGGAAAGAGAAUGAAGCGUCAGGUCAAACACUCGGAGGCCGACGACCUGGUCGCUUGGCAGGCCACUCUCUGGGCCGGGGACGCUUCCACUCGCGGUCUUUACAACGUCGGGAAGUGGAGCGUCUAUCCCGGCCGGGAGACUGAUCCCGAGCCGGAGAUCAUUCUGUCUGAAGCGAUCCCUGAGGCCGUCCCCCUCCGCCGGGUUAGAGGGUCCAAAGCCCCGGUUACUGCCGCUGCCGGUCCCUCGCGUCCGGGGAAGAAGAAGAAGGCGAAAGAUACCCUGGAGUUCGACCAGCUGAUGGAGGCUGGUCAAGCAAACCAGCUGGCCGAGGGAGGCCACAACGAAGAGGAGGCUGCUGAAGAGUCUCUUAAAAGGAAGAGGCGGAAGACUGAGGUAGUCAAUCUGCGAUGUUUGGUUUGCAACCCGCGAAGGCAUAUUGACUUGUCCUUUUCAAAAGGAUAAGCUUUUGCCCGGGCGCUUUGUAAAGCCAAUCUGUUUUCACAAUGGCUUAAUGCCCUUGUGGAAAG